AUGUCAUCCUCCAAUGAAUCACGUCCAAGAGUGUCUAGAAGUUGCGCUAACUGUCGGGCUGUUCGGCGUCGGUGCGACAAGCAGGUUCCCCAUUGUGGACAGUGCAUUCGCACCCGCGAAGUAUGCGCCGGGUACCGAGAUGAAUGGGAUCUUCUUUUCCGCGACCAGACUAGCCAUACCGUCAAGCGGUCCAAGGAGAUCGAAGCACAAAAGAAGUCGUCAGCCAAGACCGCCGCCACACCCCCACCAGCUUGCAGCCUCAUUCCCAACAUUGACGAGAUAGGCGUCAAUUAUUUCUUCGACAAUUUUGUCGCCAAGGGGUCCUCUUCUUGCGGAUACUUGAAUUAUAUUUCGACUAUCUCGAAAUCCGAUGGCCAACACUCCACACUGGUGGCUAGUAUGGCUGCUGUUGGCCUCGUGACGCUAGCCAAUGCAGCUCGACAGCCCAAGCUAGUCAGCCAUGCACGUGUUAAAUACUCAGAGGCAAUCCAACGAGUGAAUCUUGCAUUACAAUCCCCUGUCGAAUCCCUCAAGGAUAGUAUCUUGAUGUCGGUCAUAUCAUUGGGGGUUUUUGAGAACGUCUCCAACUUUGCGUCGUGGGCUCGCCAUGUUCAGGGAGCCGCAGCGCUACUGGUCGCCCGGGGCAAGAGCCAGUUCACCAGCACAGCCGCAAUCCUUAUGUUUAAUCAAGUGCGUGCAGAUAUGACGGUUGCCUGUGUCCAUGGGAAUCGGCCAUUUCCAGAGGAGCUACUUGAAUUACAGGAAGAGGCAACAAAGCACACAGCUGCUUCUAGUGCCUUCUGGAUUCUAGGCGUGCUAGCAACCCGGCAUGUGAACCUUCUGUGGAAGGUGAGGCAGAAUACAGCGCAAAUUCCUUGGUCCCAUCUUUUAGAUGAGGCCACUGUGCUCCAGAACGAUUUUGAACAAGUAUUUGGUAACCUUGCCGUACAAGAGCCUUAUACAACCAUUCUAGAAGGUGGCGGUGACCCGGACAUUAUUUUCAAUGGCCGAUAUGAUCUCUACCACUCCACUUGGGCAAUCAGGGUCUGGAACAACACACGAAUGCUUCAAAUGAUUGUUUGCAACAUUAUAUACUACUUGUUGACCAAAGCUCUUGCCAUGGACCUCACACCUGCCUUGCGGGCACACAUCAAGCUAAGAGUCGAAAAGACUUUGGAGAUUCAGUCAAAGCUAGAAAGCGAUAUGCUUGCUACCGUCCCGCAAGCCUUGGGAUACGUUUCCUCGGCGGCUCAGCAUCAUUCGUCUGUUGAUUUCACCUCUCCUGCCAGUGUUUCUGGGAGCUAUCUCCUAACCUGGUGUCUCUACACAGUGGGACAGUCCGUGGUGGCUAAAAGUAAAACUCGCCAGUGGGUCAUUCGGCAUAUGCAGGAGAUUGGCAAACACGCGGGUAUUGCAAUGGCGUUACAGCUAGUCGAAAACAUAGUUACGCUAGAUGAGCUACGGCGAGCAGCAGGCGAGGACGAUGGAUUGAGAGAAUUCAGGGAUGUGCUUUCUAUACAGAGCGAAGAGAGUAAAAUAUCAGGAGACAGCUGGGUGUUAUCUGGUACCAGUUCGGAGAUCAGCCAAUCUUUAGGCUGA